AUGCAGUUCAGAAGAAUCAUUGCAGGAUGGCUGUUAGUGCCAGACAGCUCAGACUUCCACAACAUGCAGUUCACUUCAGCCGGAUCUUCAACAGUCUCCAAUCAAUGUGUCGUCUAUUCCUCAGGCAACACUAAGGAUCACAGAGGCAACACUAGGGAUCACAGAGGCAACACUAGGGAUCACAGAGGCAACACUAAGGAUCACACAGUCAACACUAGGAAUCACAGAGGCAACACUAGGGAUCAAAUCACAGAGGCAACACUAGGGAUCACAGAGGCAACACUAGGAAUCACUGAGGCAACACUAGGGAUCACAGAGGCAACACUAAGGAUCACAGAGGCAACACUAAGGAUCACUGAGGCAACACUAGAGAUCACAGAGGCAACACUAAGGAUCACUGAGGCAACACUAGAGAUCACAGAGGCAACACUAGGGAUCACAGAAGCAACACUAGGGAUCACAGAAGCAACACUAGGGAUCACAGAAGCAACACUAGGGAUCACGGAGCGGCUCAGUGUCCUGACAGCUGGUUUGGUUCCAAAUGUCAGAACCAGUGCCACUGUAAGAGCGAUUCAAAAUGCGGCAGUGAUGGUCAAUGUGCAGAACAAUGUAACGCUGGUUGGUUUGGCCAAGAAUGUCAGUACGUGGACUGCUGCACGGAGAGACUUGAAACUUUUAGUCUGCUAUUACUGGACUCAACAGCAACAGCAACAACAACUGGACAACAACAGCAUUUGGACAUACGAUAACCCCGAAGCAUCACUUGUCUAUAGGCUGAAUACACUGCAGCAGAAACCUGUCAAGACUGUACGAAUUUUAGCCACGAAGAAUGAUACAACCUUUCAUUUUCCAAUACUUACUCUAUGUGAAGUCUUGGUAUUUGGAGACUGUGAACUAGGAACAUGGGGCCUUGAAUGUACAAGUCCCUGUCCUAUAGAAUGUAGGGGUUUGUGCCAGCAAGAGACAGGAAAGUGUUAUCAAUGCCUGGGCUAUCUGGAUCCCCCUCAUUGUAGUACAGGUUGUUUCACUAAAACUUGGGGAGUAAACUGUCUGCACAAUUGUAGCGCUUUUUGUUAUGAUACUUCAUGUGACAGAGUAACUGGUGUAUGUGACAAAGGCUGUAUUGGUUACAGUAAUCCCCCAGCAUGCACAGCAGAAUGUGCUUUAGGGAAAUGGGGACACAACUGCAGCUACGACUGUAACAGUCUUUGUUUACAACAAAUCUGUGACCGAGUUACCGGACUUUGUAGUCAACAUACUUCAACAACUGUUGCGACUUUAGUUUCAGAGUCCUGCAGUUCUCUAGGAUUGGGCGCUGGUAUAGGUAUCGGUAUUGCCAUUGGUGUGAUCACUAUAGUUCUAGUUGAAGUAGCCUUAUACUUCAUAUUUCUCAAGAGGAGGAAACCGCCAGACAUUACAAAUGAACCCGUACAUAAGACGCAAGCGAUACCUCGCCAACAAUAUGACACCGUGAAAGAAAGUCUCCAAGAUAAACCACACUAUGACACAGUCGAUUUAAAUGACAUGAACAAUGCUCAGAUAACUCCUGCUUCUUCAUCAAUGAACUCUUCAGCUUAUGAAAACGAAGUAACACAGUAUGAAACCUACAGUCCUAAAAAUGUAUAAUCACAUAUUAUCUAGCCAAUUAGAAUGAUCAACUAUGUCAGUCGCAAAUCAUGGACUUUUUAUGAUGUUCAUAUUGAAAUACACAAGGGAUCAGUGCAGUGGUUGUGAUAUUAAAAACCAUACAUAGGCCUGUAGCGCGUAUCUAUAGUGAA